AAAACAAAGAGAAAGCAAAGAAGUUCCAUACCCAAGAUGUGAAGCAAUUCAAAAAUUGAUCAUUGGAGGGAAAGGAUUUUUUAUUUUGUUCAGUUAAAGGAAGAUCCUCUCCGGCUAAACGUGGCGGGAAAUGUCCGUGCAGUCCCCCACCUUAUAAAACCCUAACUCAUCCCUUACGAACGAUCUCUCUCUCUCUCUAGCUUCUCGGAAGGAGCGAAACCAUUUGUCUCCAUCGCCAGCUGCUUCAGCGAUUUCGCGAGUGGAGUUCGAAACCUAGGAUGUCCAUAUCGUGAGGCGAAAGAGAAAAAGUUGUUAAGAGACUUAUAUUUCAGUUUCAGAGUUUAGGGUUUCUUAUUGUCGGGUGAAUGGCCGAUGUUUUUGAAGAUGAAGCUGAGCAGACGGUUUCAAUUCAGGAGUACCUUAAAGGCGUCGAGGACCAAGAGUUGGAAGCGGAUUUGGUAUUGGGUGGGGAUGAAGGCAAAGAGUGCACCUAUAACAAAGGUUAUAUGAAGAGGCAGGCAAUUUUCUCGUGUUUAACUUGCACUCCUGAAGGGAAUGCUGGGGUUUGCACGGCCUGUAGCUUGUCUUGUCAUGAUGGCCAUGAGAUUGUGGAGUUGUGGACCAAGAGAAACUUUAGGUGUGAUUGUGGAAAUUCAAAAUUUGGGGAGUUCUUCUGCAAGCUUUUCCCAAACAAGGAUGUAGAAAAUGUUGUGAACUCUUAUAACCAUAACUUCAAAGGUUCAUACUGCACCUGUGGUCGUCUGUAUCCUGAUCCAGAUGCUGAAGAACAGGUGGAGAUGAUACAAUGCUGCAUCUGUGAGGAUUGGUUUCAUGAGGAGCAUAUUGGUCUUGAAUCUUCUGAGGAGAUUCCAAGAGAUGAGGAAGGGGAACCUCUGUAUGACGACUUCAUAUGCCAGACAUGCUCAUUGGUUUGUUCUUUCUUGACUCUUUAUCCUCAAACUAUAUGGGCAGUAGUCAGGCAGCAUGAUGCUACAGUAAGUAAUACAGAGGAGAAAGGCACUAUUGAAGAUCCAUCUGCUGUUGGAUUCGCUCAAAAGCUUGAGAAUGAUAUUUGUUCAUCUGACUCCCCAAAAUUGGAUUGUACAAUAACUAGUGCUGGCUCUGAAGCUCUAUCUGAUGAGAAGGUUUUGGGUCUUGGAGAAAAUACUGGUAAUAACAUAGGUUCGAGUCACUGCAUUCCAGAUGUCGAUGGAAGUACUGCAUGCAUUCUUGGAGUUGAUCUGCUGGCAGCCCCACCUACUGUAGGGAGGAGUAAGCCAAUGUUUCUUUCUAAAAACUGGCGGGAUAUCCUCUGUAGAUGUGAAAAAUGUACAGCUUUCUAUGUGGAAAAGUGUGUUGGCUUUCUGCUUGACAAAGAAGACUCAAUUGAGGAGUACGAAAAGAUGGCAAAGCAGAAGAGGGAAGAAAAGUUGCAGCAACAGGAGGGUGUUGAGUUAAAUUUUCUCAACAAACUUGGCCAUGUAGAGAAAAUGGAGAUUCUGAAUGGCAUUGCAGACAUGAAGAAUGAGAUUCAUUCAUUUCUGGAGUCCUUCGACUCAUCAAAGCCAAUCACCUCUGCCGACGUCAAGCAGGUUUUUGAGAAUCUUGAGAAGAAGCGUAAGCGUGUACUGUAAGUUAUCUUUGGUUUUUUAGUGUGGUUGCACCGCAUGCUUUAGGCAGCAGUUCUGGAGCUGAUCCAGGUUAACAUUCAGAAGCUUACAUAAUUUAAGACUUAAAUGUAAUAAGAAUGUUUCUUAAAUUGCUUGACUAGCUAAAACCAUCUUUGACAUAUAUUUGCUCAUUUUGUAUCAACUUGGUUUUUCUACACAAGGUUGCAAGAGCAAUGUUUUAUUAGGGCCAAAA